ACACACAGCACUCCUGAGCGUGAAUGCACCGUGAUCAUUACCGAGCGCGCAGCUUGUGCACGCGCUGCCUGUGCGCAUGAGAGGCGCCGAGGCCCCGGUUUCCGGCAUGUAGGAUCCAGAGCCAUGAAAAUGCUGCGCCUCCGGAGCUCGAGCGUGUCCUCGCUCAGCCGGGAGAUCCACUGCACCGUGCGCCUGCUGGACGACUCGGAGAUCGCCUGCAGCAUCCAGAGAGACACAAAAGGUCAGUUCCUGCUGGAUCAUGUAUGUAACCACUACAGUCUGCUGGAGAAGGAUUAUUUUGGCAUCAGAUACGUGGAUCCUGAGAAGCAGAGGCAUUGGCUGGACCCCAGCAAACCCGUGGUCAAGCAGAUGAAAUGUCAGCAGCCGUACACCAUGUGCUUUCGGGUGAAGUUCUACCCCCAGGAACCCAUCAAGAUCAAGGAGGAACUGACCAGAUACCUGUUGUACCUGCAGCUGAAGCGGGACCUGUACCACGGCCGGCUCCUGUGUCCGCUCGCCGAUGCCGCUUAUCUUGGCGCUUGUAUAGUGCAGGCUGAACUCGGCGACUACGAUGUAGAUGAGCACCCGGCCGACUAUAUCAGCGACUUCAAAAUGUUCCCCAAACAGAGCCUCAAACUGGAGCGCAAGAUCGUGGAGAUCCAUCAGAAUGAGCUGAGGGGUCAGUGUCCAGCCCUGGCUGAGCUGAACCUGCUCCAGAGAGCUCACACCCUGGACACAUACGGCGUGGACCCUCAUCCCUGCAAGGACUUCACCGGAGCAACGGCAUUUCUGGGAUUCACUGCCCGGGGCUUUGUUGUUUUCCAGGGAAACAAGAGGAUUCAUUUGCUAAAAUGGCCGGAUGUCAGCAGAUUUAAGUUUGAAGGGAAAACGUUUUACGUUAUCGGAGUACAGAGAGAGAAGAAACUGGUUUUGACGUUCCACACCUCCACACCAGCAGCCUGUAAACACCUAUGGAAAUGUGGCAUAGAAAAUCAGGCAUUUUACAAAUGUGCAAAAUCGAGUCAGAUCAAGACUGUCAACAGCAGCAAUAUAUUUUUCAAAGGGACCAGAUUUCGCUACAGCGGUCGUGUUGCUAAAGAGGUGAUUGAAGCCAGUUCGAAGAUCCAGAGGGAGCCUCCAGUCUUUCACAGGUGUCAAUUGGGUCAGAGCAGAAGUUUUACCUCGCUCAGCCAUAAGCACCUCAUAAUGAACAUGGAGCCGCUGCUGCCGGCGCUCAGCUCAAACAGAGAAUACAGGGAGGCCUCGGCUGACAGCGGUCUCCUGGCCUUGAAAGACUCGGUUCACUUGUCCCCACUGAAGCCUUGCAUGAUGCCAGAAGACCCUGAGCUGGAGGAGAUGGAGUGCCAUGUCCAAGAGACAGGACAGGAAGAAUCAGCCAUUCCUGGCACCGGACUGGAGGAAGAAAGGAGCAAGCAGGAGGUAGAGGAGGACGAUGAAGACGGGUCUCACGCCAUCUCGGAUACAGCGUACAGCCCGUGUUCUAGUGUGAUGCCCACGCCGGUGGAGGAAAAGCAUGGUGGUGUGGACUUCCUGUUCCAAAGCCCUGGGCGUUUGCUGAAGGAACUCCACGCCGAUCCGGAAAUGCAGGCAGAGCUUUGGGCUGAGCGACACCGAGAACUGACCCGAGAGGCCGCCCGUCAGUCACUGUGUAGCCAAUCAAACGACACGCCACAGAUCCAGGCAUUCCUCCACAGCGCUGUCCGACUCAUAGCCGUAGCUUCAAUCCUGCUCCUUCUCCUAUUGGUCCUCUUGCUGUUUCUGCUGGAGUCUGACCUGGACGUUUCCUUCCUACAAGACAUCCGAGAGACGCCCGAGUUUGAGCAGUUCCACUAUGAGUACUACUGCCCGCUGCGCCGCUGGCUCUGCUACAAACUCGAGCUCCUGACAGAGCAUCUGUGGGGAGACUGACACUAACAUCUAACAGUAUACGGCUACAAGGCCCUCCAUCAGCAGGGAUGAACUAUUGGGACAUGGGGAGGGGAAUGGACUGACCAGGAAGGAAGGUUUGCUCUCGAACUUCAUGCUGGGUUUUUUUUAACUUGCACCCUCAGGCUGGAUUCACCCUCCACUGUACGCAAAGCCAUGAAUUGUAGGCGAGCUGCAAAUGCUGAGCUGCAACUCAAAUGUUCCAGGCAAGUUGCAGAGUUUUAGUGGUAGCAGUGAAUGAGUAGAAUAGAUCUGUAGCAACAACACCAAAAAAACAGAGCAGCUAAUCAGUCUGUAUGAAGCUUCAAGAGGGGAUGCACCGAUCCCAUUUCUUCAUUCCCAAUCCAAUACUGAUAUCAGAGCUGUAAUUCUCACCUUACAGCUGAUAUUGAUUAGAUACUGACAUUAUCCUGUCUGAACCCAACAGAGCUCAACAAUUCCUCAGAACAAUUUACAGCUUAACAAUUACAAUUUCAGAAUUCCUCAGAACGUCAGGGAGUACGGCCUGGCUUUUAGCAUCUCGUUCAAUCCUGUUUUUUUUUUAUACCACAGCACUGUUAAACUCUCAAGUCUGUUUGGUCAGAAGGUGUAUAUAACAGUGGCAGUAGUUCAUCUGAAAGGCAAAUCACAGGUUCUAAUUCUGUACGUUACCAUAUCUAUAGGAACAGGUCAUUUACAAGCACUAUUAUGGAGGCUGUUGUACAUGAAUGGAUUAAAAAAGUGUGUAAUUGUUCAUAUUGUGCAGUUUUCUGUCAUGAGACAUUCCUUGUACAUUUUUGGAAGGAGUCUCCAGUGUCAGCUCUUCGUUACAGUCAGAGUUAAAGCUGUAACUUUAAGUUUCUUCAGGAUGGAGGGCUUGGAGGUAACAUGACAAGCUUGCUAUGUUCAAGAGAGCAAAAACAGAGAGGCUAGUGAAGGAAAGACUGUUAAUAGCUGCUAUAAUGUAAGUGAUAACAGGAAGUAACUUGGUUCACAGACGCGCUACAGCAUCAAACAUAACUAUAAAUGGAAAUGAAUUGAAAAAUGUAAAAAUUCUCAUGAAAAAUUGCACAAAUAUGUAAGAUGGAAGAGGAAGAAAGCGUUUAGGGACAUGCUGUUAUUGGAAAAUAAUAGUACGUGCCAAAUCUACACGCCAGCACUGAGAACACUGCAUUGUUAGGUUGUGUAAUGUUAAUUACGUUAACGUAACUUUCGGGAUGUUGUUUGAAGGUUAACAAAAACAGGCAAGGUGGAAUUUAAACUUGAGGUUGGAUGAUGAGGACUUUUUAAGUCGAUUUGACUGAUAUUAAUGAUUCAUCUCAGUUUUGUUUAUUGAUCUGAUGUGAUCGCCGCGUAGGGUUUUAUUUAGCGUCCAGUUGGUGCAGGUUUGGCUCGGGUGACAGCUUGGACAGAAUGUUCUUGGAUCGUUUUCCAAAUUUUAAGACCCAAGGAAAGCUCUAACUGACAUCGUCAUAGUAACCAGGCUGGUUCUUGUGCAAUCUUCUGUUGCACAAAAUGUAUAAAAUUCCAAAUUGUUUCAGGUCAAAAUCUGUCUGAUGCUGAUACUCAGUAUUGGAUCGGUGCAUCUCUUAUUUAGUGUUAUUGAAGCAGAUCAUCGUCGGAUGCAUUCAAAUCAUCUCAGCAUGGCAGAAUCCUGUUAAUGAAACAUCUGAAGUUCUAAUGAAACCAGUAGCUUCAUCUCAGCAUGGCAGAAUCCUGUUAAUGAAACAUCUGAAGUUCUAAUGAAACCAGUAGCUUCAUCUCAGCAUGGCAGAAUCCUGUUAAUGAAACAUCUGAAGUUCUAAUGAAACCAGUAGCUACCAGUAUAAAAAUCCAUGUUAGGAUGAGUCAGCACAUUUCAUAUGCAUUUUUUGUAGCAAACACACGUAACCCUCGUAUCAGAUCCUUUGGUUCGCUCUUAAAAUUAUACUGUAAUAACCAACCGCUUUUUUCAUAACAGAGAUGUCGGCUCUCGAGACGAGCCUGAGACAAACCUUCCCUUCCUCCUUCCUUAAAGCCACAGCAUUUCGACUCUUCUGUAUAUGUCAAAUUAGAGUAAGGACAAGAGAGAUGUACUAAAACUUCAAAUCUGUUUUUAAACAUUUUAUACAUUUUUAUGUAAAGCUUACUUUUACUGAUAUUUUUCAGCAAAAAAAAGAAGAAAAAAAGAACAAAGUUAUCUUAUUUAAACAGAUUUAAUCAGGCCGAGCAAUGGAAGAAAAGUGAAAUAUUUUUACAGACAGUUACAUGAUAUCGCUGUGGAUUUUUCUUAUACAGAAUAGCACAAUAUUUAAAAAAAAAAAAAAAGACAUUUUUUCAGAUUAUGUGAUGUCAUGAGCAGAUAUUGCAUGGCGAGGAAUGAGAGGAUGUUUGUACAGGACAAAGUAUAUAUCAGGCUACAAGAGGUCAAAGCCAGUCCAUAUGCCUGUAAGGUAUAUGUAGGAUGUAGAAUUAGUUCAAAGAUGGAUCACUAUACAUUAUGCUUAAAUCAGACUGAAAAA